AUGCAACUGCAACAGCAACUAAUGCAGCUGCGGCUGCAGCAGCAGCAGCAGCAGAAGGAAGCGCCGGUCUGCCCUGCUCAGGCUCAGCAGCCCCCAUACCUGAAGCUGCAGCAGCAACUGCAGCAGCAGAAGAAGAGGGUGCAGCUGCAAUGCGCUGCAGACGAGCUGGACAUAAAAACUCCCGAGGAAAAAAGAGAGUCGUUGGGGAGUCGCGCUGCUGCGCUGCCGCUGUCUGCUGCUUGCGCGUCGUGGGAGAGCGCAGCAACAGAAGGAGAGGAGUCGCUGCUGCUGCAUGAAGGGCCUGAGGACGCUGCAGCAGACCUUUCUGCUGCAGCAGCAGCAGCUGCUGCUGUGGGGUCUCCAGCAGCAGCAGCAGCAGCAGUGUCGCUGGAGGCAGCUGAAAGCGCACAAGUGAAGACAGCCCCCGGGGAGAGCAGCAGCAUGCAGCUGAAGUCUGCUGCUUCCGUUUCUGGUGCUGCUGCAGCAGCAGGAGGAGCAACAGCAGCAGGAACAGGAGGAGGAGGAGGAGGAGCAGCAGCAGCAGCAGCAGUGGACGAGGAUACGAUUCUUGUGGGGCCCCCUCUGCAUGCAUUUGAAGAAAGAGUUGCUGUUAAUGAUUUGCUGCGGCUUGCUGAAUGCUCUGACGUCGGAGAAGCAGGUGCUCUUAGCGAAUGGAGCCCCGUAGACCCCCAGCUGAUUGUUACCAAUUUUGCUGUUGGGUCGCCUCGUUUAUAUCGUCUGCCUGAGUCGAUCGAAGGCCGGCAGCAGCUGAAGCCCUUCAAGGAACUCGCAGGGCCCCCCAUCGCUUCAGGAGCAGCAAACCCAGGCUCUUCUGCACACUGGAGGCCUGACGGAAGCAUGCUUGCUGCAGGUUAUGAGUCGGGACAUGUCUGUGUGUGGGGCCCCGAGGGAUCUCUCUUAAAGACUUUGAGUGCUGGUGAAGCUUCGAUAAUAUGUUUAAGUUUUUCAGCGUCUGGCAGCAGACUUGCUGCUGCAUGCGCAGACGGCAAGGUCAUCAUUUGGGCUGUCUCACCACCUGCAGCAGCAGCAACAGCAACAGCAACAGCAGCAGCAGCAGCAGGAGAGAGCGGUGUCUCAGAAGCCAAAGAAGGCACAGCAGAGCAGCAAGAAGCAACGGAGUGGACCUUCACAGAGACCCUCACCUACUCCCACGCAAGCGGGGUGAUAGAUCUGGAUUGGAGCGGGGAUCGUCUCCUUGCAUCGGGAUCGAUUGACGGCACCGUGUUGGUUAGAGACGCAGACACAGGCGUGGAGAUGAAGGUACCCAGAACAGCAGCAGCAGCAGCAGCAGCAGCGGCAGCAGCAGGAACAGACGGGGCUGACCGCAGCGGUUCGGGUCCCUCUGCUGCUGCUUUUGCUGCAGCAGCAGCAGCACCCGGCGCAGAGGGUGCCUUAGCAGAGAAACAGGGGGAAGCAGGAGAUGCUGACGCAGCAGCAGCAGCAGCUGCUGCUGCUGCACCUGCAGCAGCAGAAGUUGCGACGCUGCGGUGGAAUGGGGCGGGCAAUCGGCUGGCAAUCGUCGAUGCCUCCUGCGUUGUUCAGGUCAGCAGCAGCAACAGCAGCAGCAGCAGCAGCAGUAGCAGCAGCAACAGCAGCAGCAACAGCAGCAGCAGCAGCAGCAACAGAAGCAGCAGCAGUCGCAGCACCAGCAGCGGCAGGAGUAGUAGAUGGUAG